AUCUGAAGAGUAUUAGGCCGGAAUAUAAACUUAUUUAAAGCUGUAUUAAGCAGCGAUAUCCAAAGCGUGUGGUGUUGUGAUAAAGAAAGGAAUGUUUUGAUAAAUAAGUAAAACAUUUUUUUGCGAUCCGCAUUACUUUCGCCUCCAAAAGCGUCCUUAAAGACACGCAGUGACCAGAGCAUGCAGCGGACGGACGGCUGAUUUCUCUCCACAUCACAGAGGAGCACAGCUGCAACGCGACACCGACAGAAAUCCUCCAAAACAUGUCGUCGCCGGGGAAACGCGAAUCACCAUCCUCCUCCCUCCAGCUCUGCAGGGUUAUGCUGCCAGACGACGCCAAUAUAAUGGGCAACGUUCACGGCGGGAUUAUCCUCAAGAUGAUCGAGGAAGCUGGAAGCAUUGUCGGCACCAGACACUGCAACACACAGAAUGGGGACCGUUGCUUGGCUGCUCUGGUUCGGGUGGAGAAGACAGAGUUCCUUUCUCCCGUGUUCAUCGGGGAGGUGGUCCACGUCUCCGCUGUGAUCACUUACACCUCCCAGCACUCGCUAGAGGUUCAGGUCAAAGUCAUCGCUGAAAACAUCUUGACAGGUGAAAAAAAGCUGGCCAACAAGGCGGCGCUGUGGUACGUCCCCUGUUCUCUGCAGAAUGUUGACAAGAUCACAGAGGUGCCUCCUAUUGAGUACGCUAGUCCAGAGCAGGAAGAAGAAGGCAGAAAGCGCUAUGAAUCACAGAAAAUUGAGAGAUUGGAGACCAAAGCAAGGCUUGAGGAGGCAAUGCCACCUCCACCAAAUCCAGAGGACACACCCAAAGAAAGGUACACAGUUGGCUUCAGCCAGUCUAGCCUGAUCCAUUUGGUGGGGCCUUCAGACUGCACUCUAGAUGACUUCGUCUAUGGGGGUGUGACCAUGAAACUGAUGGAUGAGGUUGCUGGAAUUGUGGCCGCUCGACACUGCAACACAAACAUCGUCACCGCUUCUGUUGAUGCCAUUAACUUUCAUCGCAAGAUUAAAAAAGGCUGUGUGGUGACAGUGACGGGCCGACUCACCUUUGUCAGCAACAGGUCUAUGGAAAUAGAAGUACUGGUAGAUGCUGAUCCGCUGGUGGAAAAGGAGAAAGGGAAAUAUCGUGCUGUCUCAGCCUUCUUUACCUUCAUCUCACUUGACAAGGAAAAUAAGCCUCUAAAUGUCCCUCCUCUAAAGAUUGAAGGAGAGGAGGAGCAGAAACGCUUCGAAGAAGGCAAGGCCCGUUACCUCCAGAACAAGGCAAAGAGACUUGCAGAAAAGGAGCGCCAACAGUGACACUUUGGAUCAGCAUAUCAAACAGCAGAAACCAAUUUCAUCAUUA